AGUAGUUCAUAAUAAUAAGUCUUAAAAGCAUACGAAAAUAAUUUGUCACACUUAAUUAAUUGUAUUUUGUGUAAGUUUCGUAAAUUUUUCACAAAAUGAAAUUUGUCAUUUUGCUAGCGCUAUCGCUGGCUGCGUUGGCUAGCGCCCAGCAUGCGAGCAACUCACAUCUUGUUUGCUACUACGAUGGCAGCAGUUAUGUGCGCGAAGGUCUCUCCAAAUUGCACACAAACGAUCUAGAACCAGCUUUACAAUUCUGCACGCACCUCGUUUACGGUUAUGCCAGCAUCAGUCCGACAUCAAAUAAACUUGUCAGCAGCAAUGAUAAGCUCGAUCUGGACAUCGGUUCGGGACUGUACCGCACAGUGACUGGUUAUAAGAAGAAGUACCCACACUUGAAGGUGUUGUUGAGCGUUGGUGGCGACAGAGACGAAGUCGAUCCAGAUAACAACAAGUAUUUGACUUUGUUGGAGAGCACCAAUGCGCGCAUACCGUUCAUAAAUAGUGCGCACUCUUUGGUGAAGACUUACGGUUUCGAUGGUCUCGAUUUGGCUUGGCAAUUCCCCAAGAAUAAGGCCAAAAAGGUGCAUAGCGGCAUCGGUAAAUUGUGGAAGGGUUUCAAGAAAAUUUUCUCUGGCGACUUUGUGGUCGAUGAGAAGGCCGAGGAACAUAAAGAAGAAUUCACAGCUUUGGUGCGCGAACUAAAGAACGCUUUCCGUCCUGAUGGUUACUUGCUGGGACUCUCCGUCUUACCCAACGUGAACUCAUCACUAUUUUACGAUGUGCCCGCAAUUGUAAACAAUUUGGACUACGUCAACUUGCACGCCUACGAUUUCCAAACACCUGAGCGCAACCCUGAAGUUGCUGAUUUCCCAGCACCCAUUUACGAGCUAAAUGAACGUAACCCUGAAGCUAAUAUUAAUUUCCAAACACAGUAUUGGUUAAACAACCACUGCCCUGCAACUAAAAUCAAUGUCGCUGUUGCCGCCUAUGGACGUGCCUGGAAAAUGACUAAGGAUUCCGGUCUCACCGGUGUGCCACCAGUUGUGGAAACAGAUGGCGUUGCCCCAGCCGGUACGCAAACUCAAAAACCUGGUCUGCUCAGCUGGCCUGAGGUGUGCGGCAAAUUACCAAAUCCCGCCAAUCAGCAUUUGAAGGGCGCUGAUGGUCCACUCCGUAAGGUUGGUGAUCCUACCAAACGUUUCGGCAACUAUGCUUACCGCUCAGCUGAUGACAGCGGCGAUAAUGGCAUUUGGGUUGGCUAUGACGAUCCUGACACCGCAGCGAAUAAAGCAGCCUUUGUCAAGGCCAGAGGUUUGGGCGGUAUAGCUUUGGUUGACUUGUCUUUCGAUGACUUCCGCGGUGCUUGCACUGGCGAUAAGUAUCCAAUCUUACGUGCCAUCAAGUAUAAGUUGUAAAACGAACUUAGUUAAACAAGUUGGUUUAUACCAUAAAUUUGUUAAAAGCUUUUACGCAUUUUAAGUUUCGUGCUCAUUUAAGUUUCAUUGUUCGGAGCAUGUAAUAUUGUCACAUUUACCAAAACAGAAAAUACACAACCAAAACAUAUAUACAUACUCAUAAA